CGAAGAUGAGAGUCAUUAGGAAAACAUGUGUGUGGAUAUAUAAAUGCAUACAUAUGACUUAUGAGAUCAUCGUAAUUGUUUUGGAAAAAACCAGGCCCUCCGCCCCUGCAAAGAGUAGGGAAAUCGGCGAACUAUCACUUCUUCACCAAGACAAUCUUUUCGAGAUUCUGGUUCGACUCGAUCAUCAAUCUUUAGGUAAGUUAAACUGCGUCUCUAGAUUCUUCAGGGACCCAAGCUUCCAGGAGUCGUACGUGAAUUGGGCGACGAGUCCUAUCCACGGCACAACCAUUCUCUUCUCUAUUCGGGCUCUCUUUGUCCCUACCGCCAAAGACGACAGGCGGUCUUCAUAUUAUCGUUUUCAGCAAGAAGAGUUUUACACCAUAAACUACAACUCCCGUGAAGAAGAAGGAAAGCUCAUUCAAGCAAAACGUGUUAGGCAUUUGGAGGCAGAAGAACGCCUUCUCCGCUGUGUGUCUGUCGCCAAAGGCGGAGUUUUAUGUUUCCUUAAUGGCAAGCGCGAAUACAUCACCUGCGACCGUAUCACGGGGCAACAUAUCAUCUUCCCCCCAUCACCUUGGUGGUCCAAGCGUUCGGCCGCUCCUCGCAUACUCCUUGGCUUUGAUGCUUCUUCCCGAACAUACAAGAUUUUGAAGUCGGAAGCUUGUCGGGAGACUUACACUGUGAAGCAUUGGGUAAUCACAGUGCGGAUAGGCGAAUACUGGCGGGAGAUUGACGACAGCUCGUCCCCGCUGUUUCACCCUUAUCAUCGCUUCUCGCUUAGCGUUUGCGUUGACAGCGUUAUCUAUUCCUACAAUCAGACCUGUGAUAUAGAGCGGUGGGAGCGGGUGGACGGGGGCUUUUACCUGGUGGCAUUCGACCUUCGGUCCGAGAGUUUCCACGGGAUGCCUUUCCCUCCCGUGGAACGCAAACAUUAUGAUGAUUUUGUCAGAUCCUCUACCUUGGUGGAAUUGGAUGGCCGGCUUGCUAUCAUACAUGUCUGUAAUGGCAUGGUUGUUACUUGGAGCUUUGAGCCCUCUUCAUCCCUCUGGAACAAGAAGCAUGCUAUCGCCCUGCCACCGGGGGUGGAGGCCAGGUCACCCAGACAUGACGAUGAUAAGUUCUCGGGCAGUUUUUCCGUUACUCCGGCUGGGGAAGUGGUGCUGUUAAUGCCGAGGAGGAUGACAUCUUCUCUUUGGAUUUUGUUGGAAAAGGUCGGGGUAAAACCCAUUUGGAAGAAGUUCAGAAUUAGCGGACUGGGCGAUUUUCCGAAUCCUGUUCACGGCUCAUUCAAAGCUGUUGUCGUCGUGCAAAACAUUACGGAGAGCUUCUUUCACAGGCAAUAGCUAGCCGCCUAGCCCGCUGCCGAAGAAUUUAAAUUUAAGUUUUACGUGAUCGAUCUUAUUAGCCCGUGCACAGAUUUGCAGAUUUGAUUACCUACUAGGUUUACCAUUGUAACUGUUUAAUGAAUUGAAGUUAUUUUUCUUGCUUACAAGACUCGUAAGGCUAUGUUUGACAGAUGAGAGCGGCAGACUAAUGUGCAUUUAAUUUUAAAAUACUGAAUCUGAAUUACUGACCCAAUAAAGUAGACUCUUAGGUUUAUCAGACUUUUAGGUUUCAAAAUAAAGAAACAUUGCUCCAUAAAAGUAUUGAUGCAUCAUAUGGACAAAUGCUUUCCGAUUGAGAAACAUUCUAUAAGAACUAAAAAUCUUCCCCAUGUCAUGAUUAAUCCUGCACUAAUUCCUGAAACAUAAUAGAAAAGUUGUAUGCGUUAAGUUAAAAGCAAAACAAAGGAGAUUUUUUUGCCAGAAACACCUUUAAGUGUUCUCUUAAGUUACACAGUGCCAAUUUAUUUUGUUGUAUUAAAAGGGUGUUUGUGAGAUUUAUAAUGUUCUCUUGUAAUCUCUUAGAGUGAUCUCUUAUGUUUCAUACUAUGUUCUCUUAUAGUGUUCUCUUAUGUUUCAGAUUUCUUCAUCCUCUCCUCAAUGGUUGAGCCCAUCGUCACAGUCACAUGUUCCGUUAGUAGAUGUAGAUAAGGUCAGGUGUAUUAUAAGAAAUAUUGUAAGAGAUUGGGCAGCUGAGUGGCAAAAGGAAAGAGAUCAGUGCUACAAGCCAAUUUUAGAAGAACUUGAACAUUUGUUUCCUAAUCGUCGUAAGGAAAGUCCUCCAACUUGUUUAGUUCCUGGUGCUGGACUUGGAAGGCUUGCUUUAGAAGUUUCAUGUCUUGGAUUUGCAAGUCAAGGAAAUGAAUUUUCAUACUACAUGAUGAUCUGUUCCAGUUUUAUCCUUAACACCACUCAAACUGCUGGGGAGUGGACAAUCUAUCCUUGGAUACACAGCAAUUGCAAUUCACUUGCAGAUAGUGAUCAGCUUCGUCCGAUCUCGAUUCCAGAUAUUCAUCCUGCUAGUGCAGGAAUUACUGAAGGGUUUUCAAUGUGCGGUGGUGAUUUUGUUGAGGUUUACAGUGAUCUGAGCCAAGAAGGUAAAAUUUGCAAUCAGUAUGGCUUCUUUAUCUUCUCAAAGUUUGAGGACACAGAGAAAACUGGCUAUUCUUGUGCUGUAUAUUUGACAUUUGAACUUCCUAUAUUUUACAUUUUUAGUUCUGGAGAUUUUGUUGUUGUGAAAGACUAUAAUCCUCACUAAUCUUCAAUACAUUCCCCUCCCCUUUUAGUUCCGUAAGUGCUAAAUUUUAGCCAGUGCACAGAUUUGCAGAUUUGAUUACCUACCAGGUUUACCAUUUUAGUUGUUUAGCUUUUGCUAUUUGGAGAGUAUCAUGUCAAUUCAUUUUUACUUUAAUGAAUUAAAGUUAUUUUUCUUGCUUCAA